AUGCAGCCAUACCGCGCCCAAGCGGCAGACUCUCCCUUUGUGGAGAAGGAGUCCCACAUCGGUCAUCAUUCUGCUUUGAGCCAGUCUAUCAUUGCUGGCAAUGCAGCCCUCCGAGAUUAUGAGGCGAAACAAAAUCAGCUGUCUACGGCUAUAGACUCUACCACUCACCUCGUUGCUGAUCUCAAGAACUUUAACGGCGAUUCUUGGCAGAUUCGUUAUCCUCACUUUUCUUCUGCACCUCCGUCUUCGGGCCCCCGAGCGCGUCCCGGCAUUGGACGCCGAACCAUGACUUUUGUCGACGAACCCCAGGCUUCCUCCGAAGUCAUUGUCACUGCGCGUCCGAACGUGCGCCAACAGCUUACCCGCUCCGUCUCGUACAUCAGCUCUGGCAGCAACUUGACGGACUCGGAAGAGUCGGUCGACAGUCCCCUUACUGAGCUGUCGGAGGAGCCUUUAAGCAAUGUCGCCGAACCCAAUGAUGAUUUUUCCAUCCUCAGUCUGGAUCUGAAUCUGGGUGCUACUAGACAUGCUCAGUCGCUUAUCACGCGGUUGGAACGGUCAUCGAUCUCAGCACUUCUAGACAAUCGCCUCUCCGCGGCGUUGAGGCACCUCAGCCUGCUCCACGCCCGCGUUAACGAUGCUCACUCUCGUGUCCUGGUAACCGGCGACCUCAAUGCCGGCAAGUCAACUCUUGUUAACGCCCUUCUUCGUCGGGCAGAGGUUAUGCCAACCGAUCAGCAGCCUUUGACCACCCGAUUCGUUGAGAUUGCUAGCGCCGAAGAGAACGGCGGAAAGGAGGAGGUUCACAUUCUUGAUCAAGAAAGCUACGAUGUGAACAACCCGUCGACUUAUUCUGUCGCGGCCAUUUCCGAGCUUGAGAGCCUUGCGACGGACCCUGACGUCGAUGCUUCUGCUCCACCUCUCCGUGUUUACCUGAAGAACAGGGAGUCCGACAUUCCUUCGAUCCUCCACAACGGCACCGUUGAUAUUUCUCUCAUCGACGCUCCCGGUUUGAAUCGUGACUCUAUCAAGACGACGGCAAACUUUGCUCGGCAGGAGGAGAUCGACGUUGUGGUAUUCGUUGUAUCGGCCGCCAACCACUUCACCCUGUCCGCCAAGGAGUUCAUAUGGCAGGCGGGUCAGGAGAAAGCGCACCUUUUCAUCGUAGUGAAUCGUUUCGAUCAAAUCAAGGACAAAGAGCGUUGUCGUAAGGCGGUGAUGGACCAGCUCAGGCAGCUGAGUCCUGAAACUUAUGCCGAUGCCGACGAUCUCGUUCACUUUGUCGACUCAGCUUCCGCCGCCUUCGGUUUCAGCGAAGAUGACGAAGGAGCAGAAGAGCUGGACGAGACUUUCUCCCAGCUGGAGCAGUCGCUGCGCUCUUUCGUGCUUGUGAACCGCGCAAAGUCGAAGCUGGGCCCUGCUCAGAAUUACAUCACGCAUCUCCUCGCCGAUGUUGAGCUCUUGGGGUCCGCCAACACCCUUGUCGCCGUCAAGGAGCGAGACGCAGCCCUGCAAGUUGUGGAGCGUGUCAAGCCUGAACUGGACCAAAUGCGCAAGGGGAAGGACGAUCUGGAAGACAGUCUCGUCAGGGAGGAGGAAUCGGCAACUUCCCACGCUAUCACCGCUGCCGAAUCAUCACUUCGACAGGCUCUCGACCGUGUAGGCCGUGGAGAGGUCCCAGGAGAUGUCGAGAUGCCUAGAUAUCCGGGCCUUCUCGGCGCAUGGGACUACGCAUUCGAGGUCCGUCGUGCUCUGCUGUCUUCGUUGGACAAAGCGGUUCGCGACGCCGAAGACGCUUCUCGGAUGUUGACCACCAACGCUGUGAAGGAGGUCAACGUUAUUGGCGACAAGCAUCUUCCCAUCGACGUUGAGCGAUCUAAGCGCGUUUUCAAUGCCAACGCAAUGUUUUUCAACCAUGGAAAGGCUCGCCGAUCAUCGGGAAUGACGAAUGUUGGUCUCAGUCUCGCCAACAACGCUAUCCUCAAGGAGGUAUCGGUGUCUGACAUCUUCGACCUGCAGUACCUCUUAUUCCUUGGCGAUGACGUACCUGUCGACAAGAAAUCAUCAACGCUGAAGAGCCUUAUUCCUGCGUCGGUUCCCACUGAGAUGUCUGGCCUUGGAGCUGCCUCGGUAGCCAUCGGCGCUUUCUCGAUGGCUGGCGGGAAGACUAUGGCGAUUCGUACGAUCUUCGAGAGUGCCAUUCACCUUUCUGAGCUCGCGUCCAGUCCUGUCGUCCGCAAGUGGGCUGGCCCUGCGCUUGGCGUGCUUGUCAUUGGAGCGGUUGCCUAUGUUGUUUACGAGCUUCCCCGCUCCAUCCCCCGUAACGUCGGCCGUCAUAUCCGCGCCAGCCUGCUCGCCGGCGCUGCGGACGAGGGCGAGGAGACACCUUUCCACCAGGCUGAAGCACAACGUGUUGGUCGCGAGGUCAGGAAGGUUAUGCGCCUCGCAGCCUGGGACCUCCGUGAACGUUUCAGAGGCGCCCUGGAGUCUAGGACGGAGAUCGUUCGUGAGAAUGAAGAGGCUGCUCGCCGGGCAUGUGGUGCCAUUGAAUGGUUUGCUCAGGUUGACUCUCGCGUCGAGGGAAUUCGCAGCCAGCUCGGCCUCAAGUUCUGA